AUGCGGUAUUUGGCUGGAUCUGCUGUUAACAUUAGUGUAUGGUCGGCAGACCCGCUAUCUGUAACGGAUGGUCAGGGUCCCCAAACCAACUUCUUUGUAAGGUCUCACCAACAGGCCUCGGUAGCACGAUUACUACAAUACAUACACUGGCAACUGUAUCAGCGUUGCGACGGCCAAAUAGAACCUAUCCAGCAUUUUUGUAUGAGGUUUCAAGGUCGAACUUUGGAUCUAGAGCAGCUGGUCAAGGACAUUGAUCCCAGUGCUGUGGGAGCCGUAACGCUCAAAAUGGAAUAUACAACGCAACAAUCGGGUCCUGCAAUUAACCUGGAUUAUGACUCCAGUGAGGAUUUUAGCUACACGAACGUAGAAUUCCAGCUGAACGUUUUGUCCACGGACAAAGUCAUAAGCCGGAUGGAGCUCAAAAUACCUUGGAAUCACACAUUGGCAAAGCUCAAAAAAAGUGCGGUCAGUAUUUUGAAUGACUACGAGAUGCAAAAUUCUCGCAAUAUUUGCAGUUCUCGUCAACAUACUCCUGAGGAUUUAAUAGGAUUUGACCUACUGGGCCGCUCACAUCCGAUUUCGCUAGACAUUGACGACUCUAACAACGAUUUGCAGCUUUGUGACCUUAUGGGGCUAGACUUUGCUCCCUCUACUGCUGGCAGCUGUUGCAUAAUGUUUAGAAUUAAGCAUGUCCAGGAUUCCGAGGACGGCGUCAUCAUUCGGUUUGUGUCUGAUGCUCAAUUAACAAUGGACCAUAUGACUGUUCAACCGGAGUCUACCGUACAAGACGUAAAAGACUUUAUUUGUUCCGUUUAUGGGCAUGCUCUGCGACUUACACCUGCUGACGUUAGAUUGAUUUACAAAGGUCAAUUACUUCGCGACACGAAAUCAUCGGGAGAGCUUUCCAAAGUACUGGAUUACGUCUCUGAGAGUAGAGGCGCCAAAGUGCACGUUCACAUUAAUCAAGAAUAUACUGAACCUGGGCCCGGAUUUUGGAACGAACUAUUCAAUAACAAUGAUAGGUUUUCAUUCAUGAACAGGAGCUCUUCAGAAAAUACAGAAAAUACGCAAAAUACCCCUGUCGCCGAUGUCGCACCGGAAAUCAAUACUACACAGACAAGUGCUGAGAUUCCGAACUUAUCAAGCUCCCAGAAUAGUUACUUCACUGAAUCGGGUACUCAAAUUGAACGCACGGGUCAAAUUUAUGAGAAGGUUCUCAUCUCAGGGCAAGAAAGCUUCAUUCAAUCCACUUUAUUUGAGCCCACGCAGACGUUCUUAGAGCUCAAUGACCAGCAAGUUGAAGUGUUUCCGGACGAGUUCGUUGAGCUACAAGGCGUCGUUUUACUGUCACAGCGUGCGAUAUCAAGAAUUGAGAAUCUAGUUGGAAUAAAGGUAGCUAAUACCAUAAACUCAGCGGCUUCUUGGACAAACGUCAGUUCCAGUCAUUUAAGCUCAACGUCUACGGCGGUGAACGAUAGCCCAGACCGGGCCGAUGAUCUGGAUGUCGAAGAGGUGGGGCGAUUAGCUCGUGUGCGUCAGUGGACAAGAGCAAUCAUGAGGACAAUUUAUUUGAUAUUGCGAAACUCCGUAUUCUUUCUUGUAAUUUUCUUUCAGGUAGCGUCAUAUGUGAAACCCACCUACUUGUUUCUUGCGGUAGUUUUGAUUGUUCUGAAGGCUAUCUGGAGUACUCCAGAAAUAUGGGAAAUGUGGCGGGAGCUUCUAUGGAAGGAGCAAGAAGGAAAAAUAAGCGACGAGGAGCUUAGCAACUUGACUAAUUUGUUAAAUGAGAGUGAGCUUUCGCGGCAAUUUUACAAUAGGUUUGCAUCCAAAUUGACAGUAAUAGAGGCGUUGAUCGAACGUUUGCAAGAGAAUAAUGAACUGAGACUUUGCUUGAUCGAUCGCUUCAAACUGGAUGCCCAAGACUCGCUGCAAAUCAUGGUUCCUAAACUACUCGAGGAAUGCAUAUCCACGCAACAUGAUGAAGCAAAUCUAGCACCUUUAAGAGAAUUAUUUGAUCCGCUUUUAAAGGACGUCAUGGAUCAUUUCCGGGAUACUUCCGGACAAAGUCGGGCUAGCAGAGAAGUUCUAACAGAGUUGCGGAAAUACUCAUAUCAACAAUCAAAACUACCAUGGCAUCGGAACUGUUUGCGACGCAUCGCACAACUAUACACUAACCUCUACAGCGGUGGGUUAGUCCGUGGACUUGUUCCCAGAAAUAGGGGACAUCCCAGGGGAUUACGAUUUUUGCUACGUGCUUUAGGCGAUAUUCUCAAGUUAAUGGCUCUCUUUUUACUAACACUAAUCCCUCGAUUCCAGCGACAAGCCGUGAGAGAGGCAAAUCGAGUUGCCGCGAGUGCAAGACAUAGAGACUAA